AUGGAUUCCACGGGUCUGGGUAGUGAUGGUGCUGCCUACCGGUCUCGUGGGUACCAACUCGAAAUGUUAGAGGCCAGCCGCAAGGAAAAUAUCAUUGUUGCGAUGGAUACAGGGAGUGGAAAGACUCAUAUUGCCAUUCUUCGGAUUAUAGAUGAGCUUGAAAACGCCAGUUCUCCGAACAAACUUAUUUGGUUUCUUGCCCCGACAGUGGCAUUGAGCCUUCAACAACAUCAAGUUAUCACUAGCCACAUCCUCUCUGUGAAAACUAAAGUUUUAACGGGCCUAGAUAAUGUUGAUCGAUGGACUGAUCAAGGUAUCUGGGAUAAGGUGCUCAAGGAUGUCCGUGUGGUUGUCUCCACAUAUGCUGUCCUUGCUGAUGCUUUGGGCCAUGGUUUUGUCCGCAUGCCCCGGCUUGCUCUACUUAUCUUUGAUGAGGCUCAUCAUUGCACGAGACGUCAUCCGGCGAACAAGAUUAUGCAAAAUCACUACCAUCCUACUCUACUGAGGUCAGGCCCAAAUGCUGUGCCUCGGAUCUUGGGACUCACUGCUAGCCCAGUGGUCCGUUCGACCCAAAAUGAGCUUGAAACGAUCGAAUCCAACUUGAACGCAGUAUGCAAGACUCCACGUGUCCAUCGCACCGAGCUGUUGGAAAACACCCAUCGCCCUCAUCUCGAGCGUCUCAAUUACAUACACUUUGAUGAAGCACAGGCCUAUAACAUAGAUGAUGACCCUUGGAUCGAAUCAUUACGGUUAAAGGAUCAGAUUGUGGAGCUGGCGAAGGCCCUAAAUACAGGUAAAACCUUCUGUAGCGAGCAACUGAGGAUCUUCGAGGCACGCAGCCGUCACAUUUAUGAGGAGCUGGGGGGUUGGGCUGCCGACUUUUUCAUCAGUGCUUCAAUUGAUCAACUUCAACUUUCAAUCCAAGAUGCUAGUGAAAUGUCACAUUUGGACCAAAGAGAGAGAAUUUAUCUUUUGGAACUGCUGCUUACGAUGCCUACGCCAGUUGCAGCCGAGGAGAAUAAUCACGUAUCCAUCAAGCUUGAAAUGCUUCUCAACUAUCUCGAAAAAAUGGAUAGGCCUGGCUUUUCCGGGCUACUAUUCGUCAAGCAGAGAGCGACUGUUAGUGUGUUAGCGCGCAUUUUAUCCCUUCAUCCCAAAACCAGAGAUCGCUUCCAGUGUGCCGCUUACGUUGGUUGGGCGAGUGAUAAAAAUCGCAAGGGCUGUCUCGGUGACUUACUUCAUCGGGACAUGCAACGAAAUACUCUCGAUGAAUUCAAAGCUGGCCGAAAAAACCUCAUUGUCGCCACUGAUGUUCUCGAAGAAGGGAUUGACGUAAGCGCAUGCAGUCUGGUCAUUUGUUAUGACAAGCCUGCAAACCUCAAGUCCUUUGUCCAGCGUCGUGGGCGUGCUCGUCAUAGAGAAUCUACAUAUGCUGUCAUGAUCUCAAAUGAGGACGAGCUGUUGAGUCUCCAAAAAUGGCAGGAACUAGAGCAAGCCAUGAUUAAAGCGUACCAGGAUGAUGAGCGACAGCGUCGUGAAGCUUAUGCCAUCGAAGAUACCGAGGAGCACGUGAAUGAGACACUUUGGGUGGAAAAAACGAGUGCUCUGUUGACAGCAGAUGAUGCAUUGCAGCAUUUGCAUCACUUUUGCGCUGUUUUACCAGUUGAUGAGUAUUCCGACAAUCGACCAAUGUUUUCCUUCCAAGAGAAUAGUGUAGGUUUGCUUUUAGGAACGGUCACGCUACCAAAUUCGGUGCAUCCGACGGUUCGCCGGACAACGGGGAAAGCCUGGUGGCGCACAGAGCGAGCAGCCAGAAAGGAGACUGCAUUUCAAGCUUACAAAGCCUUGUAUUCGUAUGGGUUGCUCAAUGACAAUCUCUUACCACUAACAAGAAAACCAGAGUUGCGGUUCUCGGAACAGAUGACGCUCCCAUCUAUUGUACAAGCUGCUGAGCAGUAUGACCCUUAUGUAGAACUUGCACAAGGUUGGGCUUCGGGUCAGCUGUGUCAGACACGCUUGAACAUAUGCAGCAAUGGUUCUCCCGAUAACGAUCUGGCCGUAUGUUUGAUUUUGCCAAGAUUGACCCCCAUGCCACACCCCAUUCCCCUCUACUGGAACCCCGAGACUUCCUUGGAACUCUACUUUGAUCCGCAAGUGUCGACUUUCGAGGCGACAGUGGAGACACUCGAAUAUAUGAGAAAGACCACGGCCCUCUAUCUACAAGCCCCCAGCUCGCGCCAGCGGGGCGAAGAACGCGACUUCGUGGCUCUCUUCAUUCCCGAUAUUCCACAUGAAUACUUGGGACAAUGGCUUGCGGUGCACGAAGGAAAGGAGCCUGCACUGGAAGUUUACUCGAGGAAUCCAACUACGCCGCCUACGGGUAUCGUCCGUGACCAGUCCAAAUUCAGUGAGCCACGGAUAUUCAACAGGUGGGUCGUUCCGGCCGAGGUGACAAAGACCUCGCCUAUUGAAGUGGAAUGUUCAUCACUUCCACGCCGACGAAAUCUCCUCCAGGUACGAACCAUCAAUAUCACUGGAGAUGGAGAGGUAGAUGCACCAAAGAAGUCCCACGUUCUACCUGCAGCUGUUUGCGUCAUCGACAAGCUCCCCGCGAAACAGGCUGUGUUUGGACUGUUCAUCUCUGCCAUUUUGGACCGGCUGGAGGCAUCCUUGGUCGCACACCGAUUGAAUGAUACCAUUUUGAAAGGAGUUGGCAUCCAAAACAUAGACCAUGUGAUUACAGCUAUCAGCGCCCCCAUUGCGCAGGCUAGUACCAACUAUCAGAGAUAUGAGUUCUUUGGUGACUCUGUUCUUAAAUUCACCGUUAGUUGCCAACUAUUUUUCCGGAACCCCAAGUGGCACGAGGGGUACCUCUCGGAGAGCCGUGACAAACUCAUCCAAAACUCUCGGCUUGCUCGUGCAGCUCUCGAUACUGGCAUUGACUGCUUUGUUCUAACAAGUCGGUUUACCCCCCGGAAAUGGGCUGCACCAUUGAUCAGGAACAAGUUGGACCCCUCGACUGCUAAGAGGACCAUGUCAAGCAAGGUCCUGGCAGAUGUUGUGGAAUCCCUCAUUGGCGCAGCAUAUGUAGACGGUGGAAUUCGGAAAGCGCAGGCCUGUCUCCAUCGCUUCUUGCCAGAGAUCGAUCUCUUCACGAAUGAGAUUUCGUCCCUCCUCCCCCCACCCGGGAAAGGAGUGAGUAACUUAAUCAACCAUCACCGAUUGGCCGGUCUGAUCGGGUACACUUUUAGUGAUCCUACCAUACUGACAGAGGCACUCACCCACGCAUCCUGCGAGUACGAUACAUCAACACAAUCUUACCAACGUCUCGAGUUCCUCGGAGAUGCCGUCCUGGACAUGGUGGUCAUGGCAGUGAUAGCAGCCCACCCCGUGGAAAUGGACCAGGGACCAAUGACAUUGCUCAAACAUUCGGUCGUGAAUGCCAACCUCCUCGCCUUCUUCUGCAUGGAGCUAAGCGCACCAGACGAACCUUCCCACAUCACACAAUUUGCCAACGGCGAAGUCAACCUUGUGCCACACUAUAACCAGAUCCACCUCUGGCGCUUCCUCCGCUCCCAUGGGCCUAACAUCACAUCUGCCCGGGAAGCUUGUCUCGAGCGGCACCAGGGUCUCCGUGCUGAGAUCUUAGAUGCCCUGAGGAACGAAAGCCAAUACCCGUGGGAAUUGUUCGCCCGCCUGCGUGCGGAUAAAUUCUUAUCGGAUAUCGUCGAGAGUGUUCUUGGGGCGAUUUUCAUCGACUGCGGGGGCAAUUUGGAUGUGUGUUACGCGUUCGUUGAACGUAUCGGUCUGGUGUGGUACAUCCAGCGUGUUAUCGCUGACGGGGUUGAUGUUGUUCAUCCGCGGAACACCGCGCAGAACAUGGUGAAGGGAGCAGGAACCUUGGUCUUCAAGAGGAAGAGGGUCGAAUCUGGAGGCGUGGGUACGUAUCGGUGCACAGCAGUGGUCAACGACACCGAGAUCGCGCUGGUGGAGGGUUGCGCUUCUGCCGAAGAGGCUGAGGUCAAGGUUGCCAACAUUGCUAUUGAGUACUUGAAAUUGCACCCAUUGGCUUCUACAUGA